AUGGAUGAGGAGAAGAGCCCCCCUGUCAGCUCAUCUGAGCCCCCUGAUGAUGGGGACCCACGUCCCCCCACUCCGCACCCCAAUCCCCCCACAGACACCCCAGCCUCCACCCCUAGUCCAACCCCCACACCCACCACAGGUGAGUGAACUGUUGUGGCAUUGACAGUACUGAAGGUCUAGGGCACAUGUGUCAAACUCAUUUCACAGAGGGCCGAGUGAGAGCAAGUUUUCGCUCCACCCUUGUACUUGAUUGGUGAAUUAAGGUCACUAAUUAGUAAGGAACUGUCUAAGUCUUAACUGAAAGGAAAAACCAAAAACCUGCAGAAACUCAGCCCUCCUUGGAAUGAGUUUGACACCCUGGUCUAGGGGAAGGUAAUGUCACUACAUGACAAGUGCCAUCCUGUACAUAAAGAGAGGACAGAAUGGAAGGAGGCCCUAUUCAAAUACUAUAAACAUGUAUCCUUCCCCUCCAUCCCAUCCUUGGAGUCUGAAAGAGGAGGAGAGGAGGACGACACAUCAGAUAACUCUGAUGCAUUGUCAAUUGUGUUAAUGUGUGCAGGUGCAGUGUGUGUUUGUGAUGGGUUGGAACAUGCCUGUCUCAGUGAAUGGGGGAAGUGAUUACCAUCAACAGGGAUUGUCUGGAUGUUUUUGGAGUGUGUUUGUGUAUGAGCGUAACUAAGUUAGGGAGAUGAGCAGUGUGUGAGUGUAUGGUUAUGUUUUCGUGUGCACAUGUGUAUGUGUGCGUGUAUGCUUGUGCAUACAUGCAUACAUUCAGGAGAGAGAGAGAGACUGUACACACAUGGACAGUGGCUGAGUGUUGAAAGGGACCGGUGUGUGUAUACUGUGUGUGUAUGUCUGUAUUACGUGUGUGUGUGUUACCCUAAACAAGCCCUGAACAAUGUGUUUGUGCUCCCAGUGGAGUAGACAUAGUGGGAGUCUGUACAGUACAGUAGGUCAUAAUGAAGACCAGAUCUGUCUCUGUACUCUCUUCCUACCAGGACACCUAACUCAGCUCACUGUCAAAGCAACAGUAUGAAGUAUAGUAAGGAGACUGUGUGUGUGCAGUGUAACAAAGAGCCUGAAUGAAUGACGACCUUUGGUGCUUGUAGGGACAGCUCAGGGCUUCGUGCCCUCUUCUAUCCCUCUUUUUGGUUUCCGGUUGAGGUUUGGAAUUGGGCAACAAAGAGUCAACAUAAAGCCUGAUUGGUCAUGGUGAGAUUUAUUGGUGGAGAGAUUUAUUGAUAGGCGUGAGGGAGGAGGUGGGUGUGUGUGAAUGAUUCUGUGUUUUGAUUGGGUAGAAGUGUCUUCAUCCCACCUUUGCUCUAACUCUAUUGGCUGCUUGUUUCAUCUCUAUUUGCGUCCUAAAGCUCCAGGAAGUCCUGGUAAGAGUACAGCGCUGUUUAAGAUAGAAUAGAGGGAGCCGGGGUUAGGGAAGUCUGGUUCCCAUGUCAAGCGAUUUGUUGCCAUGGGAACCAGCCACAAAAAUCCUCCAUGGUGGGAGGAGUCUUCUAUAGGGCAAGUCUCAACCCAGAACACUAGGAUCUAUAUUAUAGAAGAAAAAAAGUAGAAAAAUGUAUGCACUCUAACUGUAAGUCGCUCUGGAUUAGAGCGUCUGCUAAAUGACUAAAAUGUAAAUGUAAACACAAUAACAUAGGAACAUGUGGAUGCAUGUGUGUCUAUUGCCUACCACACAUAUACCCCCCUCAACACACACAUACACACACACCUUUGAGGCUAACCAUCAGAAAUGUAAGUAGGCCAUCAGAUAAUGAGUCAUAUAUUAUUUAAGGUCAUUAAGUUGUGUUGUUUUUAGUUUCAGUCUUCACAGAGGUUGUUGUCCAAAUAUGCAGUUCUCCUUAAAAGUUACCCUUAACCAUCUAAGAAGGGGUGAUAAGGGGGUGAGUUGAUUUGGGAGGACAGAUAUGAGUUUAUGUGGGUGAAGAAAAGGAGGGGAUGGGGGGGAGGAAUGAGGACUGGCUUCACUUCCAUAGAGGGCAACAAGGACCUGCUUUCAUCACUUACCAGCUCCCCACACCCCACCACCACCCCUAACUUCACCAUCCCAGACCAGCACUGGGCCCCACAUGCAUCAGACGAGGAGAAAACACACCACACACACACACACAGAAGGCCCAUUGAUUUCUGCUAGCUGGGCUGGUACCACAGGGAUGUGUGUGGAAAGUGGUCCUGACUUAUUUGGUCUAUCUGUGCUGUGCUCUGCCCAGAAAGUCUGCUACUACCCUGGUUUCAUAUGGCAAUGUAACUGUCUUCUCUUUCCGUCUACGGCAUCUGCCUAGAGGUCUUAUAGCACAGGUGCUUUCCCUGUGCAGUUAACUGCAGGACUGCUGAUUCAAGCCUUGCUGGCCAGGUGUUGCCCUCUAUAAGUACAUUCUCUCUCUCUCUCUCUCUCUCUCUCUCUCUCUCUCUCUCUCUCUCUCUUCUCUCUCCUCUCCUCCUCUCCUCUCUCUCUCUCUCUCUCUCUCUCUCUCUCCUCUCUCUCUCUCUCUCAAUCUUUCAAUGUAAGGGCUUUAUAGGCAUGGGAAACGUAUGUUAACAUUGCCAAAGCAAGUGAAGUAGAUAGUAAACAGAAGUGAAAUAAACAAUAAAUAUUAACAGUAAACAUUACACUCAUAAGUUCCAAAAGAAUAAAGACUUUUCAAAUGUCAUAUUAUGUAUAUAUACAGUGUUGUAACAAUGUGCAAAUAGUUAAAGUACAAAUGGGAAAAUAAAUAAACAUAAAUAUGGGUUGUAUUUACAAUGGUGUUUGUUCUUCACUGGUUGCCCUUUUCUUGUGGCAACAGGUCACAAAUCUUGCAGCUGUGAUGGCACACUAUGGUUUUUCACCCAGUAGAUAAGGGAGUUUAUCAAAAUUGGGUUUGUUUUCACAUUCUUUGUGGAUCGCUGUAAUCUGAGGGAAAUAUGUGUCUCUAAUAUGGUCAUUCAUUUGGCAGGAGGUUAGGAAGUGCAGCUCAGUUUCCACUUCAUUUUGUGGGCAGUGUGCACAUAGCCUGUCUUCUCUUGUGAGCCAGGUCUGCCUACGGCGGCCUUUCUCAAUAGCAAGGCUAUGCUCACUGAGUCUGUACAUAGUCAAAGCUUUCCUUAAGUUUGGGUCUCUCUCUCUCUCUCUCUCUCUCUGUAUCUUCAUGGCUGAGAGAGAGAGAAGGGAUAAACUUGCUGGUAUUUAGAAUGAUAGAAAGACUCCUAUGUAAACAAGUUCACUGAUUGCAUCUUCAUGGCCGAGAGAGAGAGAAAAUCAGUGAACUUGUUUACAUAGGAGUCUUUCUACCAUUCUAAAUACCACCAAGUUUAUCCCAUCUCUCCCCCCAUCUAUAUCUCUCUCGCUCUCUCUUUUUCUCCUCUCUGCACCUCUUAAAACCCGGUGGGAGGCUGUGUGUUAGUGUGUGUUUUCUCUUCACAUGUGUUAGUCUGUGUAUGUUAGAGGCUGUGUGUUAGUCUGUGUGUGUUAGAGGCUGUGUGUUACUGUGUGUGUGUUAGAGGCUGUGUGUUAGUGUGUGUGUGUUAGAGGCUGUGUGUUAGUGUGUGUGUGUUAGAGGCUGUGUGUUACUGUGUGUGUGUUAGAGGCUGUGUGUUAGUGUGUGUGUGUUAGAGGCUGUGUGUUAGUGUGUGUGUGUUAGAGGCUGUGUGUUAGUGUGUGUGUGUUAGAGGCUGUGUGUUAGUGUGUGUGUGUUAGAGGCUGUGUGUUAGCUGUGUGUUGUUAGAGGCUGUGUGUUAGUGUGUGUGGUGUUAGAGGCUGUGUGUUAGUGUGUGUGUGUUAGAGGCUGUGUGUUAGUGUGUGUGUGAGGUGUGUUAGUGUGUGUGUUAGAGGCUGUGUGUUACUGUGUGUAUGUUAGAGGCUGUGUGUUAGUGUGUGUGUGUUAGAGGCUGUGUGUUAGUGUGUGUGUGUUAGAGGCUGUGUGUUAGAGGCUGUGUGUUAGUGUGUGUGUGUUAGAGGCUGUGUGUGUAAUUUGCUUUCUCUCACUGAUGGAAAUAAACCUGGUGCAGUUUGAGGCAUUUUUACGACAUAGUUGAACUAUGAAAAAGCAUGAGAGUUUGUUUUCCCAACCUCUCCAACUCUGACACACAUUUGGCCCUCGCUGAACUGGCCUACUGUAGCUGCUGCUCUAGAGAAUGCAGGAAAGCAGUGAUGCAGAGGCUGUACUGCUCCUCAACCAUAACGGGUCCUUGGAGUGGAGAGAAUCUAGACAUAGUUCUCCCCCUACUGAAGGCACAGAGCAGCCCUGAGAUGGUGUUUCACAUGGUUGCAUAGGAAAGGUGGCUAUAAAGAAGAUGAGGAAGGAUAGCCAGUCAAUGCCGUAGCAAUGAUGACCUUUAAACCCUCGUUAGCAAAGAUUUGCUGUUGAUUUCGUUGACCAAACAAAGAUGUGUGAUCUCUCAAACGUGUUUUUUGUUUCUACACAUCAAAGAGAACCCGACCUGUCAUGACCUCUGUGUGUGUUUAGAUGCAUGCUACAAAAAGAGACGCUAACUAAACACUAGCUUGAGUUUUUCCCAGAAGAAGAGUCUUUGAGACAAAGUAACACAAUUAAAUUCCUCUUAGGCCUGUUAAACAGCAGACAGUUUCAGUCUUUAAUGAGCUUACACUGCUUCAUUCUCUCUAAGCAACAAUAAUCUGGCUUUCUGGAUUCCAUCCAGCACUCCUCUCAGAAAGCGCUUUUCUCUCAAGUGUGUCUUUGACUCCUGGCUGGGUUUCAGGGCAGAUUAGGCUAUGCUGUGUGUGUGUGUGUGCGUGUGUAUGUGUGGGUUCAUUGAGGAGAUGCCACAGAGGACAUGAGUGUAUCUCCAUGACUAAUUGUUUUCCUUUUUUGUUUUAUUAAUUUCUUAAUUACCACACACACACACACACCGUUAAAGAUUCCUGAGGAAUUUUUGUGGGAAAUCUUGCUGUAUUGUUUGACAGGGUGUGGGGUUGCAUGUGUGUGUGUGUGUGUGUUUGGUUUUACUAUCCUUGUGGGGACUAGAAGUCCUCACAAGGAUAGUAAAACAAGGAAAAUGUUGACAAGUGGGAACAUUUCACCGGUCCCCACUAGGAAAAAUACUAUUUUAGGCUUACGGGUUAGGUUUUGGGUUAGGGUUACAAUUAGGGUUAGGGAAAAUAGGAUUUUGAAUGGGAAUCAAUUGUUUGGUCCCCACAAGGAUAGUAAAACAAACUGUGUGUGUGUGAUGAAUAUAAACUCAGCAAAAAAAGAAACGUCCUUUUUCAGGACCAUGUCUUUCAAAGAUAAUUCGUAAAAAUCCAAAUAACUUCACAGAUCUUCAUUGUAAAGGGUUUAAACACUGUUGCUUGUUCAAUGAACCAUAAACAAUUAAUGAACAUGCACCUGUGGAACAGUCAUUAAGACACUAACAGCUUACAGAAGGUAGGCAAUUAAGGUCACAUUUAUGAAAACUUAGGACACUAAAGAGGCAUUUCUACUGACUCUGAAAAACACCAAAAGAAAGAUGCCCAGGGUCCCUGCUCAUCUGCGUGAACGUGGCUUAGGCAUGCUGCAAGGAGGCAUGAGGACUGCAGAUGUGGCCAGGGCAAUAAAUUGCAAUGUCCGUACUGUGAGACGCCUAAGACAGCGCUACAGGGAGACAGGACGGACAGCUGAUCGUCCUCGCAGUGGAAGACCACGUGUAACAACACCUGCACAGGAUCAGUACAUCCGAACAUCACACCUGCGGGACAGGUACAGGAUGGCAACAACAACUGCCGAGUUACACCAGGAACGCACAAUCCCUCCAUCAGUGCUCAGACUGUCCGCCAUAGGCUGAGAGAGGCUGGACUCAGGGCUUGUAGGCCUGUUGUAAGGCAGGUCCUCACCAGACAUCACCCGCAACAACGUCGCCUAUGGGCACAAACUCACCGUCGCUGGACCAGACAGGACUGGCAAAAAGUGCUCUUCACUGAUGAGUCGCGGUUUUGUCUCACCAGGGGUGAUGGUCUGAUUCGUGUUUAUCGUCGAAGGAAUGAGCAUUACACUGAGGCCUGUACUCUGGAGCGGGAUCGAUUUGGAGGUGGAGGGUCCGUCAUGGUCUGGGGCGGUGUGUCACAGCAUCAUCGGACUGAGCUUGUUGUCAUUGCAGCCAAUCUCAACACUGUGCGUUACAGGGAAGACAUCCUCCUCCCUCGUGGUACCCUUCCUGCAGGCUCAUCCUGACAUGACCCUCCAGCAUGACAAUGCCACCAGCCAUACUGCUCGUUCUGUGCGUGUGUCAGUGUUCUGCCAUGGCCAGCGACGAGCCCGGAUCACGUCUGGGACCGGUUGGAUCGGAGGGUGAGGGCUACGGCCGUUCCCCCCAGAAAUGUCCGGGAACUUGCAGGUGCCUUGGUGGAAGAGUGGGUUAACAUCUCACAGCAAGAACUGGCAAAUCUGGUGCAGUCCAUGAGGAGGAGAUGCACUGCAGUACUUAAUACAGCUGGUGGCCACACCAGAGACUGACUGUUACUUUUGAUUUUGACCCCCCUUUUGUUCAGGGACACAUUAUUCAAUUUCUGUUAGUCACAUGUCUGUGGAACUUGUUCAGUUGUUGAAUCUUGUUAUGUUCAUACAAAUAUUUACACAUGUUAAGUUUGCUGAAAAUAAACGCAGUUGACAGUGAAAGGACGUUUCUUUUUUUGCUGAGUUUAUUUGCUGGUGGUGUCUUUAAUCCAUGAGAUGUGUUUGGCUAAGCAACACCACCUGUUUACCAUCCCACAUGCCGUGACCAACAACAUUAGAGACAUACAGCUACGGUCUGUGUGUCUGAGUGUGUGUCUCUUUGUGUGUGUGUGUGUGUGUGUGUGCCUGUGUGUGUGUGUGUGUGUGUGUGUGUGUGUGUGUGUGUGUGUAUGCUUGCAUGCGUUUGUGUGUGUAAUUAUUAUGGGAGCGUAUUGUUUUUCAGGGAUGGAUGUAACGUUAUAUGACAAAGCUUAAUUGACUGGAGGCAUUUGGAUUGAUCAUUGAAUGUAUGGAUGGGUUGAGAGGCCAUAUGUGUGAGUGAUCUCUGCUCUGCGUGUCUAUGGUAUGGAUGGCUGCUGGCUCGGGAACAGAGUAGGGCUGCACGAUAUAUCGUUUCAGCAUCGACAUUGCGAUGUAUGCAUCCGCAAUAGUCACAUCGCAGAACGUGCGAUUUAGUAAGGUAACAUAUAUCAGUCUACAAUAUAUAUAUAUUUUUUAUGUUAAACUAGCAUUAUAUCUGUCUGAUAUAACAUAAUUUACUCAGAUGUAUGGGUUAUUGGAUACACAGUUUAUUAUUAUUAUUAUUAUUUUUAUUAUUUUAAACACUUAGUUCGUUGCUGCAUGUGGUUGACAUGCAGGCUUUGCUUGCGCGUGAUGAAAUGAUGAGCGAGGAACAGGCAAAAAAGACCGAAAUUUAGAAUUUGGUUGCAAAAAGAAAUGCAUCGUCAAUUAUAUGGAAAUAUUUCGGCUACAGACAGGAUGAUGUUGACCAAAAACAGGUACUUUGUCGAGAGUGCCUUGCAAUUGUUGCCACAACACGAGGCAACACGACCAAUUUGUUCGAUCAUUUAAGGCGGCACCACAAAUCUUUGUAUGACGAGUACAAAGCAUCUCAAUGCCCUCCAAAGCAAAAAUCUAUUUCGGAUGCCUUUGCCAGUAUUACACUAUACGAGAAAGGAUCCAAACGGCAGAGAGAAAUCACAGAUUCAAUAACAUUUCACGUCGCCAAAGACAUGGUACCAAUUAACACGGUUACCAAAGAGGGUUUUAAAAACAUGUUCCGGUCGCUUGACGAGCGGUAUGUAAUGCCAUCACGCAACUAUUUUUCUCAAGUUGCAAUCCCAGAGUUGUACGAGAAAUGAAAGGCACAAGUUGAAACAGAGCUGUCACAAGUGGAAUAUUAUACAGCAACAACGGACUUGUGGUCCAGCCGGACAGCGGAGCCCUACAUAAGUCUGACCGUACACUUUAUUAAUGAGGACUUCCACCUGAAAAGUCGCUGUUUGCAAACUGCAUUUUUCCCAGAGGAUCAUACAUACAUCCUGUAUUUUUUCAUAUCACAAUAUAUAUCGCAGAAAAACUAAAUAUCACAAUGUCAGUUAUUUCCAAUAUCGUGCAACCCUAGAACAGAGAUACAGAUGUUUGGAUAAUGAUCUGUGCUCACUCACUCCCUGAGCUUGAAUGAUGACAGGACUUAUCAUGGGCACUGGCUAUAGUGUAGAGCCACUUCAGAGGUGCAUUAGUAAAGGCUGUAUGACAGGGACAGAGGAUUUAGGGAGUUUUAAAGACUCCAGGUAAAGCCUCAGUGACUCUUUUCUCUUACCACACUCUCUCUCUCUGUCAAGUGCUAAUACCAGGCUCCAAUCCCAGUCUCUUUCAUGCUGUGCUCUCUGUCUUCCAGUAAAUAAAGAACACUCAGAUUACGAGAGAGAGAGAGAGAGAGAUGUGAGGAGAGGAAGGCUGUGGCUAAAAUGGCCCGCCAAGGUGAAAGAGUUUAGCCCACUGUAGACUUUAGCUAAUGCAAAAUACAACUAAACAGUCUCCAGUCUCUUUCUAUAGACGGGUUGGUUGACAACGUCACGUAAAUUAUGUGCGUGCAUUGAUGGGGCCGGAAGCCGUGUAUUGUAAUGUUCUGAACGGUCUGUUAACUAGCAACAAUGACAAGAAGCUGCGAUGUGGGGAAUCGUAGGUGGUUCGUUUCAGCUAAUUGUAUCUUGUUCUUAAAACCAUGUCUUAUUUUGAGGUGUUUUGACUGAUUUUAUGUCAAUGCUAAUAUGGCAAAACAUUUGCUAGCUAGCUAACCAACAACUGUAAUGAUGUAUUUGAGAGACAACAAGUACUCAUUGUGCGAAUGUAUUUAUGUUUUCAAUAAACAUUUGGAGACAAAAUAUAGUUUACAUGUUGUCAACAAUCUAAGCCAACCCCGUCUGUAUUGCCCCAUAGUUGCGCACACGUCGGUUUUGUUGCUAAACAACCAACCGGUCUAAUUUAUUUUACCUUUAUUUAACUAGGCAAGUCAGUUAAGAACAAAUUCUUAUUUACAAUGACGCCUACACCGGCCAAACCCGGACGACGCUGGGCCAAUUGUACGCCGCCCUAUGGGACUCCCAAUCACGGCCGGUUGUGAUGCAGCCUGGAAACGAAGCAGGGGGUCUGUAGUGACGCCGCAAGCACUGAGAUGCAGUGCCUUAGACCGCUGUGCCACUCGGGAGUCCACUCGGGAGUGACGUGUUACAUUUGGCCGAAGGGGAGAGAGCCGCUAUUACUCUGACACCAUGAGGGGUCUAUAGAUCCCUCAUGGUGUCAGAAUAAUAGUGUCACUCUCCCCUUCGGCCAAAUGUAACAUGUCACAGAGUUUGCUAGCUCAUUAUAACAGCUCAUAUGCUGAUGUUUCUAUCAUCCGUAUCUUCCAGCUGUAUUGUGAUAAGGUGACCUUCCUGUGGAUAGCCCCUCAUAGGUGUAGUUUAUAACGCCGUUUUGGGGGGAGAGCUUUAACCUUCAGACGACACAGCAGGAACUUACAGUUGACGUCGGAAGUUUACAUGCACUUAGGUUGCAGUCAUUUUUCAACCACUCCACAAAUUUCUUGUUAACAAACUAUAGUUUUGGCAAGUCGGUUAGGACAUCUACCACGUUCAUCUGUACAAACAAUAAUACGCAAGUAUAAACACCACAGGACCACGCAGCCGUCAUACCGCUCAGGAAGGAGACGCGUUCUGUCUCCUAGAGAUGAACGCACUUUGGUGCGAAAAGUGCAAAUCAAUCCCAGAACCACAGCAAAGGACCUUGUGAAGAUUCUGUCGGAAACCAGUACAAAAGUAUCUAUAUCCACAGUAAAAUGAGUCCUAUAUCGACAUAACCUGAAAGGCCGCUCAGCAAGGAAGAAGCCACUGCUCCAAAACCGCCAUAAAAAAGCCAGACUACGGUUUGCAACUGCACAUGGGGACAAAGGUUGUACUUUUUGGAGAAAUGUCCUCUGGUCUGAUGAAACAAAAAUAGAACUGUUUGGCCAUAAUGACCAUCGUUAUGUUUGGAGGAAAAAGGGUGUCGCUUGGAAGCCGAAUAACACCAUCCCAAACGUGAAGCACAGGGGUGGCAGCAUCAUGCUGUGGGGGUGCUUUGCUGCAGAAGGGACUGGUGCCCUUCACAAAAUAGAUGGCAUCAUGAGGAAGGAAAAUUAUGUGUAUAUAUUGAAGCAACAUCUCAAGACAUCAGUCAGGAAGUUAAAGCUUGGUCGCAAAGCGGUUUCCAAAUGGACAAUGACCCCAAGCAUACUUCCAAAGUUGUGUCAAAAUGGCUUAAGGACAACAAAGCCCUGACCUCAAUCCUAUAGAAAAUUAGUGGGCAGAACUGAAAAAGCGUGUGUGAGCAAGUAGGCCUAAAAACCUGACUCAGUUACACCAGCUCUGUCAGGAGGAAUGGGCCAAAAUUCACCCAACUUAUUGUGGGAAGCUUGUGGAAGGCUACCCGAAAUGUUUGACCCAAGUUAAACAAUGUAAAGGAAAUGCUACCAAAUACUAAUUGAGUGUAUGUAAACUUCUGACCCACUGGGAAUGUGAUGAAAGAAAUAAAAGCUGAAAUAAAUAAUUAUCUCUACUAUUAUUCUGACAUUUCACAUUCUUAAAAUAAAGUGGUGAUCCUAACUGACCUAAAACAGGGAAUUUUUACUAGGAUUAAAUGUCAGGAAUUGUGAAAAACUGAGUUUAAAUGUAUUUGGCUAAGGUGUAUGUAAACUUCCGACUUCAACUGUAUAGAUAGGCAUUGUCUUUCCUUAUUGGAAUGCAGCCUUAGAGGAACUCCAUAUAUGGGCACAGACUGUCAUAUUGGAAUGUGGUGCUGAAGCAGGAACUCCAUAUAUGGGCCCAGACACCCAUAUUGGAAUGCGGCCUAUUAGCAAGGAACUCCAUACAGUAUAUGGACAUAGAGCCAUGACCAUGCCAAUUUGCUUUAGAGAACGACCAAUAUGGAUUUUUUAGGGCUGAUGUGGAUACAGAUUUUUGGGGGUCCAUAUUUUGGAUGGCCAAUAUUUUAUGCCGUUAUUCAAUAUCAUUAAAUUUGAAAAUGUUGAUGACAAAAUUUCCCGCCAUGUAUGCAUAAAUGAAUAUAUUUUAAAAUCAAACAAUAAAUCUGACUUUGUUUUUACCAAUCUAACAACAUAAGUUUCUAAGUUUAUUCGCCACGUGCACAGGAUACAACAGGUGUAAAACAGUACAGGGAAAUUCUUACCUUGAGAGCUCUUUCGCAGCAAUGCAUUAAUAAUAAAGAUAAUAAUAGAAAAUAUAAUAAAAUAAAAGCACACAAUAAUUACGAUGUAAGUUAAAACAUAACAACAUAAUGGUAAUGAUUGUAUUUGAAUGGUAAAUCUCUGCAUAAAUAAAGCAGCCAGGUCACCCAUGAUACAAGUCAGUAUUCGACUCCAUCCAUGUCUGAGGAUGUCGGGAGAUUAUGUGGAAACUGGCCACUAGGGGCAACAGUGGGCGCUGUUACGGUUUUGCUAGGGCGUUGCGGACAGGGAUGGUGGAUUGCAAGUUCGAAUCCAGCGAUAGAAAGUUAUUUUUUAUAUUUUUGUUUUAAGCCUAUCCCAAACCUUAACCGUUACCUUAACCAUUCGGAGUUAAUGCCUAACCUUAAGAAUUUUGAGUUAAUACCUGAACUUAACCCUAACCUAAAAAAUUCAGAGUUAAUGCCUAAACUUAACCUUAAACACUUCAACAUUUUACGUUUCGAACAACUUGACGUUUGAGAAACAUGGCUGAACUAAUUUUGACGUGAGACUGUAAGAGCUGGUAGAAAUCAAGAUGGCAUAGACCUACUCACAAUACAGGGGAAUGCAUAUUCAAUAGGAGUGUGUGCAUGCAUUGAGGUAUUGAGCUUGUUUUGGUUGAUUUCAGUGGAAUCUAUGGUGCUACAGAUAACAAUCUGUUUCCCUUCCAUUUGGGACUUAUAUUAGCCUAUUAUAUUUGCCUAUAUUUGCCUCAACAACAUUUGCAUAGAAGCAGCCUAAUCUACAUUUUCAUAAAAAGCUGUGCUGUCAUUUUAAGUCUGUCUCAGACCAGUCACUCUCAAGACACUCCUCUCUUACAUGCAACAGUUCGUCAAGAAAGAGAAAGCUAGUAAUUUAACCCUGUGAACGUUUUUGGAGACAAUCGGCUUGCUAUGCGUUAUGGUUUGCAUAUUAUAACAAAUAAAGUUAGGGUAGUUGAACUGACCUUAGCUUCAGCUGUAAGCUAGCUAGCAAAGUUAGCGUUCUGUGACUGAAUGUAACCUAUUUUGCAAGCUACCUGGCUAGCUAGCUAGCAAGCUACCGGUAUCUUGUUUUAUAAUGUGCUGUAGCCUGUAUAUGGACUUCAGGGGUUGGAACCGCAAUCAUUUUUUCAAUAGUUUCGUUCUGAACAGAACCACAAUUUUUUUGUUUCGUUCCACUAUUCCGACCAGCAAAAUAAAGUUCUGAACCGGUUCUAACCCCCAAAAAGUACCGGUUUCUAUUGUUCCUUUCUAUUUCUUUUUUAACCUGUGAAAUCAACUGUUCUUUACAUUUUAGCUCAUUUAAUUACUUCACCAAUCAGUGCGACUAGAGCAGGCAAGCUAGUUGUUUACAUGCGUGAUGGACAGACAAGUGUAGCCUAUGUUGUGACUGAAAUUUUGCACGUGGCGAGAGAGCGAGAGAGGGUUUAAGAGGAGGAUUGAGGCACUGGGCAUCUAGUUAUGACACGUAUUAUAUGAAUUAGUUACACAGAAUUAUACCUAGGAUGAGUGGCUUCUAUGGAGGAUCUUUGAAUGUCCUUUGAGCUAGCUAGCUAACAAGCAGAGUGGCACCAAAAUUGAAAAUACAUCUUACCUUUUUGUAGUUAAUGUAUCCUACGUGAAACGUGAUUUUUAUUUAUUUAUUUAACCUUUAUUUAACUAGGUAAGUCAGUUAAGAACAAAUUCGGCACAGGCAAAGAUUUUCAGCUUGCAGGCAGACACUGUAAUACGUUUCUGAGUGACAGAGUGAGGGCUUUGCAUAGGCGUUUUGUUGUUGGACUAGAAAAAAAUGCCUGGAAUGUAAAAUAACAUUACUAACCGGUUCCCAUGCUUUUAAAAUAACGGUUCUGAGGCCUCCCGAGUGGUGCAGGGGUCUAAGGCACUGCAUCGCAGUGCUUGAGGUGUCACUACAGCCCCGGGUUCGAUCCCAGGCUGUGUCACAGCCGGCUGUGACUGUGAGACCCAUGAGGCGGCGCACAAUUGGCCCAGCAUCGUCCGGGUUAGGGGAGGGUUUGGCCGUCUGGGAUUUCCUUGUCCCAUGGCGCUCUAGCGACUCCUUGUGGCGGGCCGGGCACCUGCAAGCUGACCUCGGUCGCCAGUAUGGUAUUUCCUUCGACACAUUGGUGCGGCUUGCUUCUAGGUGAAGCGAACAGUGUAUCAAGAAGCAGUGUGGCUUGGCAGGGUCAUGUUUCAGAGGACGCAUGGCUCUUGACCUUCGCCUCUCCCGAGUCCGUACGGGAGUUGCAGCAAAUACCAAUUGGAUAUCACGAAAUUGGGGAGAAAAAGGGGUAAAAAAAAUUAAAUAAACUAUUCUGUUCCAGAACAGUAGGGAUCACUGGUCCUUGAAAAAUGUUAUUCUAUUACAGUUUUCGGUUCUGUUCCUUGAACCGGUUCCAACCCCUGAUGUACAUUGUUUUGCCAAACAGUAAAAUAAUGAACUCUUUCAAUAUGUCUACAUGCCGUGUGUCAUCAAUCAAGUGUGCUUAACCUCAAAUACAGUGGGGAGAACAAGUAUUUGAUACACUGCCGAAUUUGCAGGUUUUCCUACUUACAAAGCAUGUAGAGGUCUGUAAUUUUUAUCAUAGGUACACUUCAACUGUGAGAGACGGAAUCUAAAUCCAGAAAAUCACAUUGUAUGAUUUUUAAGUAAUUAAUUUGCAUUUUAUUGCAUGACAUAAGUAUUUGAUCACCUACCAACCAGUAAGAAUUCCGGCUCUCACAGACCUGUUAGUUUUUCUUUAAGAAGCCCUCCUGUUCUCCACUCAUUACCUGUAUUAACUGCACCUGUUUGAACUUGUUACCUGUAUAAAAGACACCUGUCCACACACUCAAUCAAACAGACACCAACCUUUCCACAAUGGCCAACACCAGAGAGCUGUGUAAGGACAUCAGGGAUAAAAUUGUAGACCUGUACAACGCUGGGAUGGGCUACAGGACAAUAGGCAAGCAGCUUGGUGAGAAGGCAACAACUGUUGGCGCAAUUAUUAGAAAAUGGAAGAAGUUCAAGAUGACGGUCAAUCACCCUCGGUCUGGGGCUCCAUGCAAGAUCUCACCUCGUGGGGCAUCAAUGAUCAUGAGGAAGGUGAGGGAUCAGCCCAGAACUACAUGGCAGGACCUGGUCAAUAACCUGAAUAGAGCUGGGAACCACAGUCUCAAAGAAAACCAUUAGUAACACACUACGCCGUCAUGGAUUAAAAUCCUGCAGCGCACGCAAGUUCCCCCUGCUCAAACCAGCGCAUGUCCAGGCCCGUCUGAAGUUUGCCAAUGACCAUCUGGAUAAUCCAGAGGAGGAAUGGGAGAAGGUCAUGUGGUCUGAUGAGACAAAAAUUGAGCUUUUUGGUCUAAACUCCACUCGCCGUGUUUGGAGGAAGAAGAAGGAUGAGUACAACCACCCCAAGAACACCAUCCCAACCGUGAAGCAUGGAGGUGGAAACAUCAUUCUUUGGGGAUGCUUUUCUGCAAAGGGGACAGGACCGUAUUGAGGGGAGGAUGGAUGGGGCCAUGUAUCGCGAGAUCUUGGCCAACAACCUCCUUCCCUCAGUAAGAGCAUUGAAGAUGGGUCGUGGCUGGGUCUUCCAGCAUGACAACGACCCAAAACACACAGCCAGGGCAACUAAGGAGUGGCUCCGUAAGAAGCAUCUCAAGGUCCUGGAGUGGCCUAGCCAGUCUCCAGACCUGAACCCAAUAGAAAAUCUUUGGAGGGAGCUGAAAGUCUGUAUUGCCCAGAGACAGCCCCGAAACCUGAAGGAUCUGGAGAAGAUCUGUAUGGAGGAGUGGGCCAAAAUCCCUGCUGCAGUGUGUGCAAACCUGGUCAAGACCUACAGGAAACGUAUGAUCUCUGUAAUUGCAAACAAAGGUUUCUGUACCAAAUAUUAAGUUCUGCUUUUCCGAUGUAUCAAAUACUUAUGUCAUGCAAUAAAAUGCAAAUGAAUUACUUAAAAAUCAUACAAUGUGAUUUUCUGGAUUUUUGUUUUAGAUUCCGUCUCUCACAGUUGAAGUGUACCUAUGAUGAAAUUACAGACCUCUACAUGCUUUGUAAGUAGUAAAACAUGCAAAAUCGGCAGUGUAUCAAAUACUUGUUCUCCCCACUGUAUAUCCAGCAUGAGUGGGUAGCUAACAAGAUGCAGUCCAGACAUAUUUUCCUCACUGGUUUGCAACAGUUUGACACAAGGGACAAGUGUGCUCGUGCUACAUAGGGGACAUCGGCAGGUAACCGAGUGGCGCAGUGGUCUAAGGCACUGCAUCGCAGUGCUAGCUGUGCCACUAGAGAUCCUGGUUCAAGUCCAGGCUCUGUCGCAGCCGGCCACGACCGGGAGACCCAUGGGCAGCGCACAAUUGGUCCAGCGUCGUCCAAGGUAGGGGAGGGUUUGGCCGGCAGGGAUGUGGGUUCGUUUCCCACGGGGGGCCAGUAUGAAAAAAAACGUUUUUAAAAAUUGGUAUGCAUUCACUAACGGUAAGUCGCUCUGGAUAAGAGCGUCUGCUAAAUGACUAAAAUGUAAUGUAAAUCGGCUGCGCCGAUAGUCAAGGAAAGGCUAAUAUCGGCAAAAUAUAUCGGCCCAACCGAUUUUAUAGGUAAUUCUCUAAUUUGCUCACCUGCAUCCAAUCACUCUUGAUUAAUCAACCACCCUCAUAGUAUUUAAAUGGCAUCAAUCUUCAGUCCUUUGCUUAACAAACAGUCCGUACUUCAAGUUUGUCCUGAUGCAAUGACCCAUCACCAGCCUGUCCUCCUACCCAUCGAGUCAAAAAUAAUAUCCCGAUAUGUACACUACCAGUCAAAAGUUUGGACACACCAACUCAUUCAAGGGUUUUGAUUUAUUUUUACUAUUUUCUACAUUGUAGAAUAAUAGUGAAGACAUCAAAACUAUGAAAUAACACAUCGAAUCAUGUAGUAACCAAAAAAGUGUUAAACUAAUCAAAAUAUAUUUUAUAUUUGAGAUUCUUCCAAUAGCCACCCUUUGCCUUGAUGACAGCUUUGCACACUCUUGGCAUUCUCUCAACCAGCUUCAUGAGGUAGUCACCUGGAAUGCAUUUCAAUUAACAGGUGUGCCUUCUUAAAAGUUAAUUUGUGGAAUUUCUUUCCUUCUUAAUGCGUUUGAGCCAAUCAGUUGUGUUGUGACAAGGUAGGGGGGUAUACAGAAGAUAGCCCUAUUUGGUAAAAAACCAAGUCCAUAUUAUGGCAAGAACAGCUCAAAUAAGCAAAGAGAAACGACAGUCCAUCAUUACUUUAAGACAUGAAGGUCAGUCAAGAACUUUGAAAGUUUCUUGAAGUGCAGUCGCAAAAACUAUCAUGCACUAUGAUGAAACUGGCUCUCAUAAGGACCGCCACAGGAAUGGAAGAUUAAGUUCAUUAGAGUUACCAGCCACAGAAAUUGCAGUUUGUGUUCAAGUCACAGACACAUCUCAACAUCAACUGUUCAGAGGGGACUGUGUGAAUCGGGCCUUCAUGGUCAAAUUGCUGCAAAGAAACCACUACUAAAGGACACCAAUAAGAAGAAGAGAGCUGCUUGGGCCAAGAAACACGAGCAAUGGACAUUAGACCAGUGGAAAUUUGAGAGUCCAAAUUUGAGAUUUUUGGUUCCAACCGCCUUGUCUUUGUGAGACGCGGUGUGGGUGAACGGAUGAUCUCCACAUGUGUAUUUCCCACCGUAAGCAUGGAGGAGGUGUUAUGGUGUGGGGGUGCUUUGCUGGUGAUUUAUUUUGAAUUCAAGGCACACUUAACCAGCAUGGCUACCACAGCAUUUUGCAGCGAUACGCCAUCCCAUCUGGUUUGGGCUUAGUGGGACUAUCAUUUUUUUUUUCAACAGGACAAUGACCCAACACACCUCCAGGCUGUGUAAGGGCUAUUUGACCAAGAAGGAGAGUGCUGGAGUGCUGCAUCAGAUGACCUGGCCUCCACAAUCCCCCGACCUCAAACCAAUUGAGAUAGUUUGAGAUGAGUAGGACGGCAGAGUGAAGGAAAAGCAGCCAACAAGUGCUCAGCAUAUGUGGGAACUCCUUCAAGACUUUUGGAAAAGCAUUCCAGGUGAAGCUGGUUGAGAGAAUGCCAAGAGUGUGCAAAGCUGUCCUCAAGGCAAAGGGUGGCUAUUUGAAGAAUCUCAAAUAUAUUUUGAUUUGUUUAACACUUUUUUGGUUACUAAAUGAUUCCAUGUGUUAUUUCCUAGUUUUGAUGUCUUCACUAUUAUUCUACAAUGAAUACAAUUUUAAAAAUAAAGCUAAACCCUUGAAUGCGUAGGUGUCCAAACAUUUGACUGGUACUGUAUCUGUAUAGAUAAUUUUUCCCCAUCACUAAUGCACGCACUCACACUCACACAGACACACACACACACACAGACAGACAAAGACACACACACACACAUACACAUUCACACACCAACAAACUCACCAACAUGUGUGUAUACACAGCCAGCUCCAGCAUUGCUUGAUUACUUUGGUCUGAUUUGAAUUAGAGACUCAUCAUUCUUAGAUCUCGGAAAUCGCUCCACAGUUUGGUGGUUUGGGGGUUUGGCAUGAGUGCCGGCAUAGAAUUGGCUCUAGUCACAUUUGAUAUUGGGUUCAGAUUUAUUUUGGUCCAAUGGUGGUUGUUUACUAAGGGCAGACAAGGGUUUGGCGGCACAAUCCUCUUGGUUUGGUGUUUAACCCUCACAUGUCUAUUACAAACCAUAAGAACUGUGCAAGUUACAGGAUAGAUAGAAAGAACGAUAGAACAAGAGAUUGAACGAUAGAUAGAAUGAUAGAUAUACUGAACAAACAUAUAAAUGCAACAUGCAACAAUUUCAACGAUUUUACUGAGAUACAGUUCAUAUAAGGAAAUCAGUCAAUUGAAAUAAAAUCAUUAGGCCCUAAUCUUUGGAUUUCACAUGACUGGGCAGGGGCGCAGCCAUGGGGGGCCUGGGAGGGCAUAGGCCUACCCACUUGGAAGCCAGGCCAACCCACUGGGGAGCCAGGCCCAGCCAAUCAGAAUGAUUUAUUACAGACAGAAAUACACCUCAAUUUCAUCAGCUGUUCGGGUGGGAGGUCCUGGGCUGGCGUGGUUACACGUUGUCUGUGGUUGUGAGGCCGGUUGGACGUACUGCCAAAUCCUCUAAAAUGACGUUGGAUGUGGCUUAUGCUAGAGAAAUGAACAUUACAUUCUCUGGCAACAGCUCUGGGGGACAUUCCUGCAGUCAGCAUGCCAAUUGCACGCUCCCUCACAACUUGAGACAUCUGUGGCAUUGUGUUGUGAGACAAAACUGCAUAUUUUAGAGUGGCCUUUAUUGUCACCAGCACAAGGUGCACCUGUAUAAUGAUCAUGCUGUUUAAUCAGCUUCUUGAUAUGCCACACCUGUCAGGUGGAUGGAUUAUCUUGGCAAAAGAGAAAUGCUUACUAACAGAGAUGUAAACAAAUGUGUGUGCAAAAUUUGAGCGAAAUACGGUUUUUGUGCAUAUGGAACAUUUCUGGCAUCUUUUAUUUCAGCUCAUGAACCGUGGGACCAACACUUUACAUGUUGCGUUUAUAUUUUUGUUCAGUAUAGAUUGACUGAUUGAUAGGUAGUAAGACAGAAAGAAUGAUACAACAAUAGAUUGAGCAAUAGAUGCCCGUGAUUUUCACACACACAUACCUCAGAACCACACACACACACAGAGAACAGUCGGUGUAUUGACGGCGGCUCCUCUGGCUAGUGCUUUUAUAUCUGGUUCAGGCUCUGAUUGACUAUAAUGGAAGCAACAUGGCGGCCACUGCCUUUGAAAUGUCUUCCACGUGGGGAGGAGAGACACAGGGAGUGUGUGUGUGUGUGUGUGUAUGAGGCAGUGUGUGAGCGGGGGGAGUAGAGGAAGCAUUUCCCCUCUUCUAUGAUCCUGCUUACAUCCAGGUCAACACUCGCAGUGAGAACACACACACACACACACAGACAGACAGAGUUUAUUCAUCAGAGCAAGACCGCUUUUCCUGUUUACCCUAGCAUGUUGUUUUGAUGGCUUUGAUAUUUUCCAUUAGAGAUGAAGAGUAUGUUAAUAUUAAUAAUAAUGAUGAUCAUACGUUUUUCUGUGUAAACAUCUAUACUUCUACAAUGUUGUUUGAUGGUUUUUGAUGUCUCAACAGUCAAAUAUGGAUUUUAGAUGAGUGUGUUGGAUUUUGCUCACUAAAAUAAAGAGGAAAGAACAGUGCAGGCAUUCUCACCUUGAAAAUGGCUACGGUGUUUUAGUUCACGUGUACUGUUUGUAAGAAGCUUUUUUUAGCAAAGUUAACACACAACGGGAGUGUCGUGAUACGUUUGUUUUUGCAACAACACAGUUGAAGAAUAUACUGCAACCUGUGGUUAUGGACAAAGGCACCAAUCUUUUCCGUAAAAGAAGACGUUUACAGUAGUUUUAAAGAUGGCUUUUAAAGUUCUCUCAACAGCAGUUUAAGGGAGUUUUAAAUAAGCUGUUAAAGUUUAAAAUACAAGCGAGCGCGGCACCUUGGGUUUUUAUAAACCACUGAGAAACAACAUGCCGUCUGUAGUAGAGCGUCUGCUCAGAACUCUCUCCUGGACCUUCUGGCUGUUUAAAGAUACAGCUCUCUGUCCGCUCUACCAACAAACACUUACUCUGAAUACCUGUUUUAACAGGAUCUGUCUCACUCUAUAAUGUAGUCCAAUGUGUUUUCACCUUCCCUGUGUGUUUCUGAUGAGAGUAGGAGUCUUAGGGUCCAGAUGGGAGGGAGAGAGAGAGAAAGCAAGAUAAUGGGGUGUGUGGGGUUGGGGGGGGAGAGAACGAAAGACAGAGACAGAAGAAGAGAGGGGGGGUUUUGUAUCUUACAGUGGGGAACAAAUAGUUUUAGUACAGCCACCAUGUGCAGUUCUCCCACUUAAAAGAUGAAGAGCCUGUAAAAUUCAUCUAGGUACCAUUGUCAACUACAGUGGGGAGAACCAAGUAUUUGAUACACUGCCGAUUUUGCAGGUUUUCCUACUUACAAAGGCUGGGAUGGGCUACAGGACAAUAGGCAAGCAGCUUGGUGAGAAGGCAACAACUGUUGGCGCAAUUAUUAGAAAAUGGAAGAAGUUCAAGAUGACGGUCAAUCAUCCUCGGUCUGGGGCUCCAUGCAAGAUCUCACCUCAUGGGGCAUCAAUGAUCAUGAGGAAGGUGAGGGAUCAGCCCAGAACUACACGGCAGGACCUGGUCAAUGACCUGAAGAGAGCUGGGACCACAGUCUCAAAGAAAACCAUUAGUAACACACUACGCCGUCAUGGAUUAAAAUCCUGCAGCGCACACAAGGUCCCCCUGCUCAAGCCAGCGCAUGUCCAGGCCCAUCUGAAGUUUGCCCAUGACCAUCUGGAUGAUCCAGAGGAGGAAUGGGAGAAGGUCAUGUGGUCUGAUGAGACAGAAAUAGAGCUUUUUGGUCUAAACUCCACUCGCCGUGUUUGGAGGAAGGAGAAGGAUGAGUACAACCCCAAGAACACCAUCCCAACCGUGAAGCAUGGAGGUGGAAACAUCAUUCUUUGGGGAUGCUUUUCUGCAAAGGGGACAGGACGACUGCACUGUAUUGAGGGGAGGAUGGAUGGGGCCAUGUAUCGCGAGAUCUUGGCCAAUAACCUCCUUCCCUCAGUAAGAGCAUUGAAGAUGGGUCGUGGCUGGGUCUUCCAGCAUGACAAUGACCCGAAACACACAGCCAGGGCAACUAAGGAGUUGCUCCAUAAGAAGCAUCUCAAGGUCCUGGAGUGGCCUAGCCAGUCUCCAGACCUGAACCCAAUAGAAAAUAUUUGGAGGGAGCUGAAAGUCCGUAUUGCCCAGCGACAGCCCCGAAACCUGAAGUAUCUGGAGAAGAUCUGUAUGGAGGAGUGGGCCAAAAUCCCUGCUGCAGUGUGUGCAAACCUGGUCAAGACCUACAGGAAACAUAUGAUCUCUGUAAUUGCAAACAAAGGUUUCCUUCCAAAUAUUAAGUUCUGCUUUUCUGAUGUAUCAAAUACUUAUGUCAUGCAAUAAAAUGCAAAUUAAUUACUUACAAAUCAUACAAUGUGAUUUUCUGGAUUUUUGUUUUAGAUUCCGUCUCUCACAGUUUAAGUGUACCUAUGAUAAAAAUUACAGACCUCUACAUGCUUUGUAAGUAGGAAAACCUGCAAAAUCGGCAGUGUAUCAAAUACUUGUUCUCCCCACUGUAUGACAGACAAAAUGAGAAAAAAAAUCCAGAAAAUUACAUUGUAGGAUUUUUAAUGAAUUUAUUUGCAAAUUAUGGUGGAAAAUAAGUAUUUGGUCAAUAACAAAAGUUUCUCAAUACUUUGUUAUAUACCCUUUGUUGGCAAUGACACAGGUCAAACGUUUUCUGUAAGUCUUCACAAGGUUUUCACACACUGUUGCUGGUAUUUUGGCCCAUUCCUCCAUGCAGAUCUCCUCUAGAGCAAUGAUGUUUUGGGGCUGUCGCUGGGCAACACGGACUUUCAACUCCCUCCAAAGAUUUUCUAUGGGGUUGAGAUCUGGAGACUGGCUAGGCCACUCCAGGACCUUGAAAUGCUUCUUACGAAGCCACUCCUUCGUUGCCCGGGCGGUGUGUGUUUGGGAUCAUUGUCAUGCUGAAAGACCCAGCCACGUUUCAUCUUCAAUGCCCUUGCUGAUGGACCGGUUUUCACUCAAAAUCUCACGAUACAUGGCCCCAUUCAUUCUUUCCUUUACACGGAUCAGUCGUCCUGGUCCCUUUGCAGAAAAACAGCCCCAAAGCAUGAUGUUUCCACCCCCAUGCUUCACAGUAGGUAUGGUGUUCUUUGGAUGCAACUCAGCAUUCUUUGUCCUCCAAACACGACGAGUUGAGUUUUUACCAAAAAGUUCUAUUUUGGUUUCAUCUGACCAUAUGACAUUCUCCCAAUCCUCUUCUGGAUCAUCCAAAUGCACUCUAGCAAACUUCAGACGGGCCUGGACAUGUACUGGCUUAAGCAGGGGGACACGUCUGGCACUGCAGGAUUUGAGUCCCUGGCAGGGUAGUGUGUUACUGAUGGUAGGCUUUGUUACUUUGGUCCCUGCUCUCUGCAGGUCAUUCACUAGGUCCCCCUGUGUGGUUCUGGGAUUUUUGCUCACCGUUCUUGUGAUCAUUUUGACCCCACGGGGUGAGAUCUUGCGUGGAGCCCCAGAUCGAGGGAGAUUAUCAGUGGUCUUGUAUGUCUUCCAUUUCCUAAUAAUUGCUCCCACAGUUGAUUUCUUCAAACCAAGCUGCUUACCUAUUGCAGAUUCAGUCUUCCCAGCUUGGUGCAGGUCUACAAUUUUGUUUCUGGUGUCCUUUGACAGCUCUUUGGUCUUGGCCAUAGUGGAGUUUGGAGUGUGACUGAGGUUGUGGACAGGUGUCUUUUAUACUGAUAACAAGUUCAAACAGGUGCCAUUAAUACAGGUAACGAGUGGAGGACAGAGGAGCCUCUUAAAGAAGUUACAGGUCUGUGAGAGGCAGAAAUCUUGCUUGUUUGUAGGUGACCAAAUACUUAUUUUCCACCAUAAUUUGCAAAUAAAUUCAUUAAAAAUCCUACAAUGUGAUUUUCUGGAUUUUUUUUCUCAAUUUGUCUGUCAUAGUUGACGUGUACCUAUGAUGAAAAUUACAGGCCUCUCUCAUCUUUUUAAGUGGGAGAACUUGCACAAUUGGUGGCUGACUAAAUACUUUUUUUCCCCACUGUAUGUGAGCACUAACAGUGUAUGGGGGUGAUGAAUAGUGAAUAGAGCUACAUUGGAUCAGUUCUGCUGCUGUGUUGUGUUCACUGUUAGCAGGCAGCGUCUGACUGGUUAGGAAAGUCAAUGUAUACCUACUGGACCACGAUGGGAGAGAGAGUGGGAAGGGAGAAGAAGAAAGAUAGGGGAAAGAUGGAGUGGUAAGAUGGAGGGAAUAGAGGGAAAGGCGUUGAGGACAGAAGAGUGAGAGAGUGAGAAACAGAAGGGAGGGGAGGGGAGGAAGAGACAGAAGAGAAGAGGGGGAGAGAGUAUAGUAAAUAAACAGGGCUGGGGUGGUUGAGGCCUUCUGCAGGAGGUGUGUGUCUCUGUCUGUCUGUCUGUCUGUCUGUCUGUCUGUCUCUCUCUCCCCUCUCUCUGAUGGCAGAUCAAACCCAGCUGGCUCCCAUUUGCCCAGGAAUGAGUCUGCACCUCUGAGGCCCUCAACCUGUGUGUGUGUGUAGCCCUGCAUAAUUACAGCUUCAUUAUGGACCGCCUGGCUCCAGAAGGCACAAAUAAAACAUGUAUACUCACAUGCAUUUAAUGUAGUACAGUGAGGGGAAAAAAGUAUUUGAUCCCCUGCUGAUUUUGUACGUUUGCCCACUGACAAAGACAUGAUCAGUCUAUAAUUUUAAUGGUAGGUUUAUUUUAACUAAGUGAGAGACAGAAUAACAACAACAAAAUCCAGAAAGACGCAUGUCAAAAAUGUUAUAAAUUGAUUUGCAUUUUAAUGAGGGAAAUAAGUAUUUGACCCCUCUGCAAAACAUGACUUAGUACUUGGUGGCAAAACCCUUGUUGGCAAUCACAGAGGUCAGACAUUUCUUGUAGUUGGCCACCAGGUUUGCACACAUCUCAGGAGGGAUUUUGUUCCACUCCUCUUUGCAGAUCUUCUCCAAGUCAUUAAGGUUUCGAGGCUGAUGUUUGGCAACUCGAACCUUCAGCUCCCUCCACAGAGGUUCUAUGGGAUUAAGGUCUGGAGACUGGCUAGGCCACUCCAGGACCUUAAUGUGCUUCUUCUUGAGCCACUCCUUUGUUGCCUUGGCCGUGUGUUUUGGGUCAUUGUCAUGCUGGAAUACCCAUCCACGACCCAUUUUCAAUGCCCUGGCUGAGGGAAGGAGAUUCUCACCCAAGAUUUGACGGUACAUGGCCCCGUCCAUCGUCCCUUUGAUGCGGUGAAGUUGUCCUGUCCCCUUAGCAGAAAAAGACCCCCAAAGCGUAAUGUUUCCACCUCCAUGUUUGAUGGUGGGGAUGGUGUUUUUGGGGUCAUAGGCAGCAUUCCUCCUCCAAACACGGCGAGUUCAGUUGAUGCAAAGGAGCUCGAUUUUGGUCUCAUCUGACCACACCACUUUCUCCCAGUUCUCCUCUGAAUCAUUCAGAUGUUCAUUGGAAAACUUCAGACGGGCCUGUAUAUGUGCUUUCUUGAGCAGGGGGACCUUGCGGGCGCUGCAGGAUUUCAGUCCUUCACGGCGUAGUGUGUUACCAAUUGUUUUCUUGGUGACUAUGGUCCCAGCUGCCUUGAGAUCAUUGAUAAGAUCCUCCCGUGUAGUUCUGGGCUGAUUCCUCACCGUUCUCAUGAUCAUUGCAACUCCACGAGGUGAGAUCUUGCAUGGAGCCCCAGGCCGAGGGAGAUUGACAGUUAUUUUGUGUUUCUUCCAUUUGCGAAUAAUCGCACCAACUGUUGUCACCUUCUCACCAAGCUGCUUGGUGAUGGUCUUGUAGCCCAUUCCAGCCUUGUGUAGGUCUACAAUCUUGUCCCUGACAUCCUUGGAGAGCUUUUUGGUCUUGGCCAUGGUGGAGAGUUUGGAAUCUGAUUGAUUGAUUGCUUCUGUGGACAGGUGUCUUUUAUACAGGUAACAAACUGAGAUUAGGAGCACUCCCUUUAAGAGUAUGCUCCUAAUCUCAGCUCGUUACCUGUAUAAAAAGACACCCGGGAGCCAGAAAUCUUUCUGAUUGAGAGGGGGUCAAAUACUUAUUUCCCUCAUUAAAAUGCAAAUCAAUUUAUAACAUUUUUGACAUGCGUUUUUCUGGAUUUUGAUGUUGUUAUUCUGUCUCUCACUGUUCAAAUAAACCUACCAUUAAAAUUAUAGACUGAUCAUUUCUUUGUCAGUGGGCAAACGUACAAAAUCAGCAGGGGAUGAAAUACUUUUUUCCCUCACUGUAUAUAUGUUCUCACAUACACAAACACACUGAAGGUUUCACAGGCAUACACAUACACCCCUAAACAGUCACAAGGGGUUGGAUUUUACUGUCUCCAGAUGCACACACACACACAAACAUCACACACACUCAUACACUCCCUCACACAAUUAUGCUCUCACUCACUCUCUCUUUGAGCCAGCUGAGUAAUUCUACAGUCUGUGUUCCAUCCAGUGAAAGGCUUGUAGGUUGGAAAUGACUAGAAGUAGACGUUCAUUGGCAGAAGGGAUAUGUUCUGUUAGUGGAAACUACAAUAUGAAAGGGAGUGUAUGUGUGUGUGUUUUCGGUCCAUGUGUAUGUGUGUUAUGUGGUAGUCUUAGAGUACAUUGGCAACUCUAUCAAAGACAAAACAAAGCAGCUACAGUGAUAAAAUAUUGCUGUUUCAGUUGUUCUCAGCAACUUGUCUGAAGGAAGAGGAGACAUUCAAUAACUUCAGAAGAAUUCAAGUGUCACGCUCCUUGAUUGAAGGCUCGGACCAAGGUGCAGCGUGGUAGGCGAACAUAUUAAUUUAUUAAAUGAAACACAGACAAAACAACAAAAUACACACGAACGUAAAGUUCUGCAGGCUACAAAGAAACCAUACAAAAACAAGAUCCCACAAACUAAGGUGGGAAAAAGGCUGCCUAAGUAUGGUCCCCAAUCAGAGACAAUGAUAGACAGCUGCCUCUGAUUGGGAACCAUACCCAGCCAACAAAGAAAUAGAAAAACUAGAAUGCCCACCCAAAUCACACCCUGACCUAACCAAAUAGAGAAUAAAAGGGAUAUCUAAGGUCAGGGCUUGACAUCAAGUUUAACAGUUUAUAGCUUUUUUAAGUAGCCUACAUAAAGGCUUUGUGAAUGUGUAUUUCUCUCCUCUCGCUCUCUCUCUCUGUUACCUCCAGAUGAAUGUGUGUCCUGUCCCAGUCUCUUUUCUCUCGCUCUCUCUCUCUGUUACCUUCAGAUGAAUGUGUGUGUCCUGUCUAAUGUUCCCUCAAAUGUUUUUCAUCACUGAGCAAAUUUCAGGUCUGCUGAGCACAAACUCGAACAUUGUGAAAAUUCUGUGCAACUUCCAGCACGUGUUUACUGUGAACACUGAGGCUGUAGCCGCUUUAAAUGAGUUUUAACAGUGGUCAAGUAGGCUACUGUGGCUAUUUGAUCAUAAUGUAGGCCUACCAGAGUGGCCUACCAUCAAAAACAAUGGAGAAAAUGCAUCCCAUAACAUUUUAACAUGGAAAUAGCUGUUCCAUCGUUCAACCUACAGUAGCAGCCAAUGUGUGGUGUUCAAUGUAGGCCUACAUUCCAUGAGACUUUUAAAAAAAACAUGCAGGGCUUGACAUUAACCUGUUUAUCCACUUGUCCUUCAGACAAGGAGGUGACUGAAAAUGUUGUUGUGUUGUUUGAUGGUUUGACACAAGAAACCACUUUACAAAAUAAAAUGCAUUAUUAUUCCCAUACCGUUAUUACAGAGAAUCAGACUAAUUAUGCUACCCUCUGCCUAUUGGCUACUUAGCUUAUUCAAGCCUGUCUCAAAAUACAACACUGCCCCCUUUAAGACAAAAAAAAGCUAUUUAACUGACUGGCUGUUCAAAGAUGUCGAGAAAUGCACACGUUUUGUGCUCUUGUAGGAAGCAAUCACUCCCCCAUUGCUGACUACAAAUUAUCUAUAACUGGGCUAAUAACUCAAUAACUAGCAACGGAUAUUAACAAAUGUACGGUAUGUUGCAUUAAAAGUGGCUAAUAUUGCAUUGAUUUGAUCACAAUUCCCACAGUAAAGGGAAAUGUUGAUAGUGUUAACUAACGGGGAAAAGUCUAGAAAGUUGAGUGAUGUUCAAUCUCGUGCUUCUCUGCGCGCGCUGAUAUUUCUUCUGUGUGGCAGUCUGAGGGGAGCUGCGCGCCCGUGCAGCUUAGAGGGAGCAUUGGUCCUGUCCCUCUGUCUCAGUCUCUCCUCGCUCUCUCUCUGUUACCUCCAGAUUUGGACAGGAGCAUGGAGCCCCUCAUCGAGAGGCCAAAGGUCAAACCAGAUGGGUUGCUAGGAGACACGGAGAACGGCAACAACAACAACAGUCUCUCACAGCCGGACCUGACGACACCUAGCAAGAGCAUUACCUGUGAGUCACACACACACACCAUAUGCACACACACACACACACACACACACACCACCUACCUACACAAGCAUACGCACACAAAUGUACACACACACGUCUGUCUGCACGUAUACACAUGAGUACACACUCACACAUACACACACACACACACGUAUGUCCGCACAUAGGCACAUGCGUACACACUGUUUCACACACACACACCAUAAAUGGCUCUGAAUGUUUGGUUUCCAUUACUGAGCCUCGGUGUUGUGAGUCACACUGUCUUGACCCUGAAUGAACAGAAAUAGGUCAGAUACACACUCACGCCUCUGAAUUGAAUUGUCAACAGAGGGAAUUAAGUGGGAUAGUUUCCGAAUUGCUAAAGCACACGUCUACACGCACCACGUCACAUGCUACGGCCAAAUGAAACACCUCUCCUCUCCUCCAUUUGACUAUUUUCUCUCUGUUUGGUGGUAACUGUGAUUGUUGGGAGUUGCUAUGACUACUGUAUCUAGGUGACUCUGGCUGUAUAGUUUUUGGCCAUGUCCGUCUCUCCCCCUUAUUCUCUUGGGCAUCUUUAUGAUGUAUGAAACAGAAUUAUCGUCAUAGUUAAUGUGAAAUAUAGACCAUUACCUGGGCUUACAGUUUAUUGUCAGACCUUUUGGAUUAUGGGGGUCACAAUUCAAGGCCUGGUUCUGGCAAGAAACACUGGUUUGUUUCAUUGAUGGAUCACAAGAAGUCCAACCGGUAAAGGUGGAUCACAGAGCUGAACAAAUGUUCUUCACUGACCCCUUGACACCAUAUGGUCCCCAAUACAGUACUGCCUUCACUUCCUGCUGGAAAAGCAGCCCUGGCAUCAACAACAUACACAUACUGUACACAAACAUACUGACACACACAUACAUUCCUGUCUCCCCCCUAAAUCCCUAACCACACACACAUAAUCCCACUGUAGUCCGGCCAGGGGUCCUCUGCUCCAUCUCAGUGCGUAAGGGAAAAGCAACGUGAGCCACUUCCUGACGGUUACUGAGUUACCGCAAAGUAAUUCCAGGAGCUGUAAUGAUGGUGUGUUUGAGAGGCUGUGUCAGAGAGAGAGAUUGGGUAAUACUAGGAGAGGGACUGGGUUUAGGGUUAUGGGGGAAUUGGGCCAGGUAAUGUUGAAAUAUUUAUGAAACAGGUUUCUGUGGGAUUGUAGUGUGUGUGUGUGUGUGUGUGUGUGUGUGUGUGUGUAUCCGACAUUCUUCUCUCUUUUAUUUUAUGUCCUCCAUAAAACCAGCUCCAUACCCUGUGCUGCUGCUGCAAGAGUUACGCAACUAUGGACAAAGCCCCAUCUCACAACCUCCCUCCAUCCCGCUAAACCUCCCUCCUUCCAUCCCCCUAUACCUCCCCCUAUAUCUCCCUCCUUCCAUCCCCCUAUACCUCCCCCUAUAUCUCCCUCCUUCCAUCCCCCUAUACCUCCCCCUAUACCUCCGUCCUUCCAUCCCCCUAUAUCUCCCUCCCUCCAUCCCCCUAUAUCUCCCUCCCUACAUCCCCCUAUACCUCCCUCCGUCCAUCCCCCUAUACCUCCCUCAUCUCCCUAUACCUCCCUCCAUUCCACUAUAUCUCCUCCCUUCCAUCCCCCUAUACCACCCCUAUACCUCCCCUAUACCUCCCUCCCCCAUACCCCCCCCCCUUAUACCCUAUACCUCCCUCUCCAUCCCCCUAUACCUCCCUCCAUCCCUAGACUCCCCUGUUCCAUUCCCCUAUACCUCCCUCUCCCCCCUAUACUCAUCUCCAUCCCCCUAUACCUCCCUCCCUCCCUCUAUACCUCCCUCAUCCCCCUAAACCUCCCUCCAUUCCACUAUACCUCCCCCAUCCCCUAUAACCUCCCUGCUUCCAUCUCCCCUUACCUCCCCAUCCCUAGUCACCUCUAUCCUCCAUCCCCCUAACCUCCCUCCUCCAUUCCUCCCUCCUAUACCAUCCCCCUUCAUCCUUCUUUCCAUCCUCUACACCUCCUUUCAAACCCUCCCCCCACUCUAGUUAGUUUCCUGUAUGUACAUAUCUAGGAUCAGCUUUCCCUUCCCCAAGCCUAACCUUAACCAUUAGGGGAAGAAAACUGACCUUAGAUCAGCAUCUACAAGCAACGUCAUCUCUGUUACAUCUGGUUUUCUCUGCUGAUGCAGAUAGCUUGUGUGUGUCAUUCUGGGGGCUCGUAUUGUGUGUUCAUGUGUGUGUGUGACUGUGUUCAUGUGUGUGUGUGACUGUGUUCAUGUGUGUGUGUGACUGUGUUCAUGUGUGUGUUUGUGCGUGCGUGCGUGCGUGUGUGUGAGUCUGGAAGUCGUAAAGUUGAACACUAUUGUAUCAUCAGCAACACUGUGACUAACUUUAUAGAUCCUCUUACUCUGCUACAACCACAGCCAUAAAGAGAGGGAGAGAGAGAGUUUGGCCUGUAUACUGAUUAUAUGAACUAUGAACUAGUGGCUCCUGCUGCUACUAGAUGUCUAGAUGUCUAUGGUCUGUGUGUGCGUGCGGCAAUGUCAUCAUGUAAAUGACGUGUGUGUGGAGGAAAACAGAAGCGAGAUUGCAUUCUGCAAUCUGUCUCGCAGUGAUGACAUCAUGGGUGUAGCAUGUAUCUGGCGCUAGGCCUCUGACAAGCUGUCUGAGACUAAUGUGCAGAGAGAGCUGUUAACAGGUGUGUGUUAAUGUGGCGUGUGUGUGCGUGCACGAGUGCGUAGGUGCGUGCACGUGUUUGUGUGUGCUGUGCCUGCGUGUGUGUGUGUGUGUGUGUGUGUGUAUGCUGGUCUCUUUAGUAGUUGAGUAGUGUGUUUCUGUGUCUCUAGCACAUUGAUUCAAUACAGCAUCAUUAAAGCUCAUACGUCAUUGUCACUGUCAGUGGCCUAAGCCUAUGGCACAGUCCUAUACAGACUGCCAGUAAGUAGCUCUGAGUAAGUGAGUGUUGCUUACACUUCUGACUCAUGAUCGAUCUCUCUUUUGGGCUCUCCUAUUUUUCUGGGAGUCUUAAAAUAACCUGGGUUAGUAAUGUGUCUGUUCUGAGUAAGAGAAGGAUGCUAGAGAGAGAUGGGGGAGAGGGGGUGUGUUUUGGGGGGUUGGUGACUGGGUGAAAAGCUGUCUGACUCAUGACUGAGCUCUGCUUUGGGGGUACUCUUGUAUGUUUUGAACUGUUUUCAUCCAAACCUCAGGUCUGCUCCUACUGCUACACUGACCACCACCACCACUGCUCUGUCAGACCCCUCACUCACACUCCCUCUCUCACUCACUUUCUCUGUCUGGCACUACAAUGGAACACAGAGAGUUAAGGACCCACUGGGAUUCAUCAGUCCUCAUGACUCAUUUGUACAACUUAAGUCAGAAAACACUCUAUACAGACAAGUUAAUAACAGCUGAAAUUGAGCAAUAUUUAGUUAACUUUUUAGUUUUUAGCUUUGUAAGGCGUAAAAUCACACACAUAACAGUGAAGUGGAAAGGCUGAGUUGACAUCUUGGUGAGGUCAGUAUGAUGAUGGGCUCAUUAAACGGGAUGUGGACUAGGUUAGUGUCGCCGGUGUAAAAUGGAACAGGAUCGUGACACAGUACCUUUAAUUACACACCAGUCUGUGAUGAAUCUCUCCUCUUCCUCUUUCUUCUCACACAAACACAAACACAAACACGCACACACAAACACAGCCUGGAAAGAGUGACACUGAACUCCAACUUGACCUCUGACCCAUUCUUUCCCUUCCCCUUCCCCCUCUCCUCUGUCUUAUCUUUCCCCUUUCCUCUCUCCUCCUUCCUUCUCUCCCUAUUUCCACCCCAUUCUCCCAGUUAAGUAGAGCUUUUAUCCUACAUCAGUGUUAAUCCUGCCUCCCUCAGCCCCCAUUACCCACUCUGCAUAGGGAAAUAAGAUACACUUCCAUUGGAAUACCACCCUUUAGAAAUACCACACUCUGCUAUUCUGAGAUUAGAUUCCCCAUCCCUGUGGAUUGUUAUUGAAAUGAGCUGAAGCAGCCAGGGGCUUAUGAGGUCACAGUGUUUUUGAGGGGUCAUCCAUUUUAACACCCUCCACCUCCCAGUCCUCAUCAAGUCCCAUUGGUGGUGAAUGAGGUGACAGUGGAAGGAAAAGGUGACAGUACUUACCAUGUAAAGCACUUUGUUCUGAUUAGCUGUGAUCUCUGGUAACGGUGCUGGGUGUCACUCAGGUGUUUCUGUUCUAUAUGUAGGGAGGGAAAACAGUGGUCCAGCAGGUCCCACACAGCUCUGACCUAGUUCAGCUGGCCUGGUCUGAGCAGAUGAGCUGCCAUAAACAGCACUCUGUUUACUGUCUACUGGUCAGACUGCUGAGUCACUGGGGGAGGGAGGGAGGGAGGGAGGGAGGGAGGAAAAGGGGAAAGAGAGAGGUAGGAGAAGAGGAGGGAGGUUGGAAAGGUAGAGAGGUGCAGUGAUCAGUAGUAAUCAUAGCCUCAAGUCUAGAGUGGUGGGAGCGGGGUAAACAAAGGGGAGGUGGUGGGAGGAGAGGGAUUUGGAGAGAGAGAGGGGGGAGGAGGUGAGGAGGAGGGAGGUUGGCUGUCUAGAGGGUAAUGGGAGGUGAGUGGAUGGAGGGAUUUGGGGAGAGAGGGAAGGGUGAGGGGAUGCUGAGGGGAGGUAGAGGUGAGCAGUCAGCCGACUGUGAUUCACACUCUCUCAAGCCAGACAUACCACACCCCUAUUGCUGCAGGCAACAGGCUGGGCCUACGCUGGGCCUCUCUCUCUCUCUCUCUCGCUCUCUCUCUCUGUCUGUCUGUCUUUUGCACAUAUUCUUGCAUUCUCAGGCCAAGGCUACACUAUUGCACAGACUCUCCCCCUCCUUCCCUCUCUGUGUUUCUCCCCUCCUCUCCUUCAGUCUGUGGUGGGCCAGUCUCAUCAUGUUAAGCCCACAGUCAUUAGGCUUUUAUUUGUUCUUAUGUGUAACUAUGUGCUGCUGAAUCCUUGUGUUUAUGUGUGGCCUGCCCAUACAUCGCUCCUGACCCAAAAUAGACAAGACAGCCAAAGCUUAUGGGUGUAUAUCUGCAGAACGGAUCUUUCACACACACACUGACGUCUGUUUCUCUAUCUCACAAACACACACACACACACACACACACACACUCUAUCGCAGUCUGUGUUGCACAAAGAGCUCUUUCUCUCUCUGUGCCUGUGCGUUCGAGUGUGUGUGUGUGUGUGUGUGUGUGUGUGUGUGUGUGUGCCAGCCUUGUUGUUUGUCCUCAGGCUUUGUAUGGAGACAGUCAUGACUCCUCUGAAACCUAGUCAGUCUGUCUGUCUGGCUGCUAGAUGCCCAAGAGACCCGCCUGUUUACUGCACACACACACAACCACCCCCACCGACACCCACACGCAGGGGGAGAGGGGUGAAUGAACUCUCAUACCACUCGAAAUAAUAUCCAGACACCAUUUUAACUCUCUCUGUCCAGUUAGAAGGAAGUUACCCCUCGCUCCAUUUCCAGCAGUCCUUUUUUAAAGACUCCAAUGGCAUUUACUAAACAAACAAUAUUGUAUUCCUGCUGAUGUUGUCUUUACCAACCAUAGGAAUGUACUGUUAACCAGACAUGGACUUAAUUUCACUAUGCCACAUAGAGAAUGACUAGCAGAGAGAUGUGGGGUAAAGGCAUCGCUCUGUGUGGUUUCACUAAAACUGACUCUGAUUAGGGUUGGUGGCUGCAAUUAUGUCUCUGUGUGUGUGUGUGUGUGUGUGUGUGUGUGUGCAUGCAUGCGUGUAUGUGUGUGCAUGUGUGUGUGCAUGUUUUCUAGUGAUGUGAAAAGCUGAGACAGGGUUUUUAGGGUAGAUCCUCUCUCUCUGGGGUCCAGGGUUUGGAUGGGUCUGACUGUUCUUCCUUACCAAUCAUAUGGAGAACAUCUACCCACCAUCCCUCGCUCUCUCUUCUCCUCCUCUCGACAGAACCAAACCCUUAUGCUGUAAUGUACUACACACAUUGACUGUCUUUGAAAAUGUGAGAAUGGUUAAAGUAAAGACCGAUGAAGAGAGAGGGGAGCAAGAGAGAGGGGGGUGAGACAAUAGAGAGUGGGGGGUGGGAUAGAAAGAGAGAGGGGUGAGGAGAAAAGAGAUGGUAGAGACAACGAGAGAGGGGGCUCCUCUACCGUAUCGCCCACUAGUCGCUCUGUUUCAUCGCUCCCUUGCGCAUAUACCUCCUCUUUUUCGCGAUCCGCGUACUCGAUGGUGACGAUCGCACUAUGCUCUUUUUCUCUCUCCCUUCGAUCCCCAACUUCUCUCUGUUUUCUCUCUCCACCUCUCUUUUUUCUCUCUCCCUCCUCCUUUUUCCUCUCCUUCUCGUCUCUUCCUUUUGUCCUCUCCCUUUCUCUUUUUCUCUCUCCCCUCUCUCUCUUGUUCUCUCUCCCUCUCUUCUUUUUCUCUCCGCCCCUCUUUUUGCUCUCCCCUCUCUCUUUUGCUCUCUCCCAUCCUCUCUUUUUCUCUUCUCUGUUUUGCGCUCUCUCUCCCGUUUUCGUCUUUCUUCGCUUUUUCUCUCUGCUCCUUUUUCUCGCUCCUCUCUUGUUUCGUCUCUCCACUCUCUCCUUAUUCCUCUACUCUUUUCUUUUCUCUCUCCCUUUCUCUUCUUUUCUCUCCACCCUCGCUCUUUUUCUCUCCCCCCUAGAGGGGGAGAGACAAAGAGAGAGGGGGAGAGACAAAGAGAGAGGUGAGACAAAAUAGAGAGGUGGGGAGAGACAAGAGAGGAGGGGGGCAGAGACAAAGAGAGGAAGGGGGAGCUUUUCACCCGCCACUCGCCCCCUUAGGGGGGAGAGAGAAAGAAGGAGAUAUACCAGCUGAGCAGCAGGUAUUGACUUUAUGAGAUACUUCAGAAGACACAAUAUUUUUCCCCACACACACACACACACACACACUACCCUGUGGGUUGCCAGACAUCUGGAGUGGGGUUAGAAAACGCUGAAUGAAAGAAACUUUAAUCACACUCGAUUGGUUGUGUGACCCCGGCCGUGGGCCAAUCAAAACAGCCCUAGCAGUGUUAUCUGUCUCUGAAUGAUUGUCUAACGGACUGUUUUACUGCCCGCUAGGCUUCACUGCAUCUCAGCCCCCGGUGUCUGUGUGUGUGUCUGUGUGUGUGUCUGUGUGUGUGUGUGUGUGUGUGUGUGUGUGUGUGUGUGUGUGUGUGUGUGCAUACGUGUGUGCUUCUCUCUGGACAUCCGGCAGUGGUUUUCUAACCUGUGAAGUCACACCUCUCUCCAUCUGUGUGUUCAGGUCAAGAAAAUAUUUAGGGCCUCGAAAGGAUGGUAUUAAAUAGUAUCAUAAUAUAUCAUAUCUUUUUCAAGGUGUUUGUUUUGACAGAGGAGGUGUGCUUUCAAACCUCAGGGUAAUUAGUAUUGGUGGCACUGCUCAGAGUAAAAUAUACGGAGAGAUGCAUGUUGGACAGCCAAGAUCAACCCUGGUCUGAGUUCAAGGAGGAACAGUAGAGGGUUUGUAGGCUGUAAACACACCAGGACAGGGCUGAGGCUGUGUGUGUGUGUGUUUGUGUUUGUGUGUGUGUGUGCGCGUGGUUGUGUGUAAAUGUGCGUGUCUGUAGCCUACAUUUGAGACUGUGAGGAGUGAGAACCAGGCCAUUUCAGCCCCUCUGUCCACAUAAAUCAAAACCCUAAAACUUGCAACCAUAUACAGUGGGGGAAAAAAGUAUUUAGUCAGCCACCAAUUGUGCAAGUUCUCCCACUUAAAAAGAUGAGAGAGGCCUGUAAUUUUCAUCAUAGGUACACGUCAACUAUGACAGACAAAAUGAGAAAAAAAAUCCAGAAAAUCACAUUGUAGGAUUUUUAAUGAUUUUAUUUGCAAAUUGUGGUGGAAAAUAAGUAUUUGGUCAAUAACAAAAGUUUCUCAAUACUUUGUUAUAUACCCUUUGUUGGCAAUGACACAGGUCAAAAGUUUUCUGUAAGUUUUCACAAGGUUUUCACACACUGUUGCUGGUAUUUUGGCCAAUUCCUCCAUGCAGAUCUCCUCUAGAGCAGUGAUGUUUUGGGGCUGUCGCUGGGCAACACGGACUUUCAACUCCCUCCAAAGAUUUUCUAUGGGGUUGAGAUCUGGAGACUGGCUAGGCCACUCCAGGACCUUGAAAUGCUUCUUACGAAGCCACUCCUUCGUUGCCCGGGCGGUGUGUUUGGGAUCAUUGUCAUGCUGAAAGACCCAGCCACGUUUCAUCUUCAAUGCCCUUGCUGAUGGAAGGAGGUUUUCACUCAAAAUCUCACGAUACAUGGCCCCAUUCAUUCUUUCCUUUACACGGAUCAGUCGUCCUGGUCCCUUUGCAGAAAAACAGCCCCAAAGCAUGAUGUUUCCACCCCCAUGCUUCACAGUAGGUAUGGUGUUCUUUGGAUGCAACUCAGCAUUCUUUGUCCUCCAAACACGACGAGUUGAGUUUUUACCAAAAAGUUAUAUUUUGGUUUCAUCUGACCAUAUGACAUUCUCCCAAUCCUCUUCUGGAUCAUCCAAAUGCACUCUAGCAAACUUCAGACGGGCCUGGACAUGUACUGGCUUAAGCAGGGGGACACGUCUGGCACUGCAGGAUUUGAGUCCCUGGCGGCGUAGUGUGUUACUGAUGGUAGGCUUUGUUACUUUGGUCCCAGCUCUCUGCAGGUCAUUCACUAGGUCCCCCCGUGUGGUUCUGGGAUUUUGCUCACCGUUCUUGUGAUCAUUUUGACCCCACGGGGUGAGAUCUUGCGUGGAGCCCCAGAUCGAGGGAGAUUAUCAGUGGUCUUGUAUGUCUUCCAUUUCCUAAUAAUUGCUCCCACAGUUGAUUUCUUCAAACCAAGCUGCUUACCUAUUGCAGAUUCAGUCUUCCCAGCCUGGUGCAGGUCUACAAUUUUGUUUCUGGUGUCCUUUGACAGCUCUUUGGUCUUGGCCAUAGUGGAGUUUGGAGUGUGACUGUUUGAGGUUGUGGACAGGUGUCUUUUAUACUGAUAACAAGUUCAAACAGGUGCCAUUAAUACAGGUAACGAGUGGAGGACAGAGGAGCCUCUUAAAGAAGAAGUUACAGGUCUGUGAGAGGCAGAAAUCUUGCUUGUUUGUAGGUGACCAAAUACUUAUUUUCCACCAUAAUUUGCAAAUAAAUUCAUUAAAAAUCCUACAAUGUGAUUUUCUGGAUUUUUUUUUUUCAUUUUGUCUGUCAUAGUUGACGUGUACCUAUGAUGAAAAUUACAGGCCUCUCUCAUCUUUUUAAGUGGGAGAACUUGCACAAUUGGUGGCUGACUAAAUACUUUUUCCCCACUGUAUGCAUCCCAGUCUGGCGGUGGUAGACCAUGAAGUACCAAUUGUCCUUGGUAAAUUAUUUUAAUAGAUUCUUAUGUUCUGUGAAUUUGACCUGGCCAGACUGGAUUGAGUUAAGUCUAUUUAUUAUGGGGAUUAUCUGUAAUGAUGUUGUGUCCAAGACAAGUUUCUCCCCACCAACUUGUUCCUGUUUAUCCAUGGCAGUGAGAGGGGAGGACAGGUGAGAAGAGAGGAGGACGAGACACGAGAGGAGAGUGUCUGUCUGUGGGUUGUUGUGUAAGCAUCUCGAGCGGGUCAGAAGUCAUCUUAAUACACAUGGCCCUUCCCAGGAGCCAUUGGGGCCUGCUGGUAUCAAUGAACUACGUUUCCCAUGUGUCCCACGGUUUACAACGAUAGCAACUAUGUAACUGUUUUUAUUUUCUUUCUUUGUUCCUUUCCUCAGGUCAGCCCCAGGCUCGAUUCCACCCACAUAGACCCCACCCAACCCUGCCUAACACAACCACACCAGCCAGCCACGCGACGGAGCCAAGCCCCACACAACAACGGCUCCAACUGCACGCACGCCCCUCACACCAACAGAGUGAGGAACGGAGGCACCUAUGAUCGGCCGGCCCCUGGCUCCCUCCCUAGGGCAGCCUCUUCCUCCUCCUCGUCUUCCUCGUCAGGGAUGAAGAACUCCAAGAAGCUCCAGUCCAACCCCUCCAUCACCUCUCAGAGGAGCAAGAGCUCCUCCAAAGAGGCAACAGCUCCCAGAUACCUACAGAGGUACAGGAUGGUGAGUUGCUACUUACUUCCCAGUCUAUCUCAGGGUAUCCUAUACUUCCUACCCUCCUCCUGUGUCUCCCUCUCAUCUCCUAUUAUUCUCAAUCCCCUCUCCCGUCUGCCCAUCCUCUCCUUCAUCUUCACUCAACCUUUCUGUCUUUCUCUUUCGUACUCCCCUCUUUCCAAAACAGUAAUGUCAUUUCUCAACCAACUUAACAGGACAAAUAAGUAAUAACGCCCCCGUCUCUCCUCCCCCUCAGACUGUUGUGUUCACUGUAAUCCUGGCCUGUCUUUCUGUGAGUUCCUGACUCUGUUUAACAUCGUGUUGGACUGUUGCCACCUGCGGUUCGUGUGGCGGGGGACGACUCUGCGUGUUUCUGCUUCGCUGCGCGCCGGAGGAGUGUGGCGACUGUGAACUGCCAUGUGGAACAUGGAACUGGUGGGAUCAUAGACGCGGGGCUGUGAUCUGCAGACUGCCUGGAGAUCUGUAUGGAUGUGCUGGCGGCCUCUGUUUCUUCCUCCUGAGUCUCCCCCAACUGCAGUGGGUGAUAUGUAUAUCUCAUCACACACCACCCAUACAGCCAAAGGCUCAAUAGAGAUGUAUUGGAGGGGCAGGAAUCAUUGGCCAAUAUUGAAGGACAUAUUGAUAGUGCCUUGUCGUCAUGUAAGUCAUAUCACUUGGCUUUGACCCAAGGUCACGUGGGCUGACAUUGGUCAAUGUUGUGACAAUCCAUUGGAAUUGACCAAUCAAAGGAACAGGGACUCCUCUUUGGCUUGCCUGCUCACCUCUCUUCUGUGUUGCUGCGGUUUGCUAAGGUGGACUAUGGAUAUCUCCCUUGUACUCCAUUGCUAUGCCAAGAUGUGAUAGUGUAUGAUAGCUGUGCUCCACAUGGUUCUGACCGCUUAUCUCUCUGGACUGUUCCUUUGGACCCUCAUUGGAGCUGUCUCUUAUUUAGCAGGCAGCACCCCCUGUGGUCUCCAGAGGCCGCAGCAGCACCUGGAAUGGAUCUCGCCAAUGCUAAAAUGACCUCGCAGAUCAAAUGAGAAAAUGGUCCAUUUAAUAGAAUUUUAGUGUUUCUUUAUAUAAGACAGCAAGAGUAAUAGGAAAAUGGUCGCUCAGAUCUGGAGCAGAACCCUAGUUUGUCCUUUGGCAAUGUUAAAUCCUUCCAUUUUUAGUGCUAAUCAUUUCUCUCUUUCUCUCAACGUGCACAGUUUUCGUGUGGAGGGUGUGUACUGCAGUGUAGAUGGCUAGGACUGGGAGAAGGGGACUUGGCUACAAAACCAUGAAAUGUGUCCAACACUAACCACAUUUUCCAUCCACAGUUUUUAUGCGAGUGAAGUCAUACGUAUAAACAAAAAUCCAUGACGCUUGAUGAAAUAGACACGUUUUCGUUAAAAAGACGAACAAUUCCGAUCUGGGGUGGAUUCUUUUUGUGCCGGUGGACAUUAAUUAUGCGAGAAUUGUACAUAGGAUAGACACGACGCGCUUGACUGCAUUUGACAAUACAAAUCUUCUCGCUCUUAUCCAGUAAUAAUAUCGUAUCAGGUAGACGAGCCUACCCUGCACAGUAACUGCGAGCGGAUUUUGGCUAGCGCGCAUCUGCCAAGAACCAGAGUAGGCACAUGUGCUAUUUACCGCCACUUUUUUGUGACAAAAACUAUGGUAGAGUUGAAAAUGCGAUGGAAACCACAUUUGAAGUUUUGGUUUUAUUCGGUACCAAAAUGAAAACUUUUUGGUGUGCACUACUUUAAUCAGGCACUGACUUUUAAUAUGCACAUUUUCCUUUAUGUGAAUUCUAGAGUAAUCGAGAAAAUCAGUCGCUAUUGAAUGGAAACCAGCUACUGUACAAACAUUUUGUUCCAUAUCCCUGCCCAGCAUUAGCACACAUGAUUCAGCUAAUCCGAUUUUUAUUUAUGAAGAGUUGGAAUAGUGCUGGCUGGGCAGCGGGAAAGGUGAGGCUGUGUGUGUGUGUGUUUGUGUUUGUGUGUGUGUGUGCGCGUGGUUGUGUGUAAAUGUGCGUGUCUGUAGCCUACAUUUGAGACUGUGAGGAGUGAGAACCAGGCCAUUUCAGCCCCUCUGUCCACAUAAAUCAAAACCCUAAAACUUGCAACCAUAUACAGUGGGGGAAAAAAGUAUUUAGUCAGCCACCAAUUGUGCAAGUUCUCCCACUUAAAAAGAUGAGAGAGGCCUGUAAUUUUCAUCAUAGGUACACGUCAACUAUGACAGACAAAAUGAGAAAAAAAAUCCAGAAAAUCACAUUGUAGGAUUUUAAUGAUUUUAUUUGCAAAUUGUGGUGGAAAAUAAGUAUUUGGUCAAUAACAAAAGUUUCUCAAUACUUUGUUAUAUACCCUUUGUUGGCAAUGACACAGGUCAAAAGUUUUCUGUAAGUUUUCACAAGGUUUUCACACACUGUUGCUGGUAUUUUGGCCAAUUCCUCCAUGCAGAUCUCCUCUAGAGCAGUGAUGUUUUGGGGCUGUCGCUGGGCAACACGGACUUUCAACUCCCUCCAAAGAUUUUCUAUGGGGUUGAGAUCUGGAGACUGGCUAGGCCACUCCAGGACCUUGAAAUGCUUCUUACGAAGCCACUCCUUCGUUGCCCGGGCGGUGUGUUUGGGAUCAUUGUCAUGCUGAAAGACCCAGCCACGUUUCAUCUUCAAUGCCCUUGCUGAUGGAAGGAGGUUUUCACUCAAAAUCUCACGAUACAUGGCCCCAUUCAUUCUUUCCUUUACACGGAUCAGUCGUCCUGGUCCCUUUGCAGAAAAACAGCCCCAAAGCAUGAUGUUUCCACCCCCAUGCUUCACAGUAGGUAUGGUGUUCUUUGGAUGCAACUCAGCAUUCUUUGUCCUCCAAACACGACGAGUUGAGUUUUUACCAAAAAGUUAUAUUUUGGUUUCAUCUGACCAUAUGACAUUCUCCCAAUCCUCUUCUGGAUCAUCCAAAUGCACUCUAGCAAACUUCAGACGGGCCUGGACAUGUACUGGCUUAAGCAGGGGGACACGUCUGGCACUGCAGGAUUUGAGUCCCUGGCGGCGUAGUGUGUUACUGAUGGUAGGCUUUGUUACUUUGGUCCCAGCUCUCUGCAGGUCAUUCACUAGGUCCCCCCGUGUGGUUCUGGGAUUUUUGCUCACCGUUCUUGUGAUCAUUUUGACCCCACGGGGUGAGAUCUUGCGUGGAGCCCCAGAUCGAGGGAGAUUAUCAGUGGUCUUGUAUGUCUUCCAUUUCCUAAUAAUUGCUCCCACAGUUGAUUUCUUCAAACCAAGCUGCUUACCUAUUGCAGAUUCAGUCUUCCCAGCCUGGUGCAGGUCUACAAUUUUGUUUCUGGUGUCCUUUGACAGCUCUUUGGUCUUGGCCAUAGUGGAGUUUGGAGUGUGACUGUUUGAGGUUGUGGACAGGUGUCUUUUAUACUGAUAACAAGUUCAAACAGGUGCCAUUAAUACAGGUAACGAGUGGAGGACAGAGGAGCCUCUUAAAGAAGAAGUUACAGGUCUGUGAGAGGCAGAAAUCUUGCUUGUUUGUAGGUGACCAAAUACUUAUUUUCCACCAUAAUUUGCAAAUAAAUUCAUUAAAAAUCCUACAAUGUGAUUUUCUGGAUUUUUUUUUUUCAUUUUGUCUGUCAUAGUUGACGUGUACCUAUGAUGAAAAUUACAGGCCUCUCUCAUCUUUUUAAUUGGGAGAACUUGCACAAUUGGUGGCUGACUAAAUACUUUUUUCCCCACUGUAUGCAUCCCAGUCUGGCGGUGGUAGACCAUGAAGUACCAAUUGUCCUUGGUAAAUUAUUUUAAUAGAUUCUUAAUGUUCUGUGAAUUUGACCUGGCCAGACUGGAUUGAGUUAAGUCUAUUUAUUAUGGGGAUUAUCUGUAAUGAUGUUGUGUCCAAGACAAGUUUCUCCCACCAACUUGUUCCUGUUUAUCCAUGGCAGUGAGAGGGGAGGACAGGUUGAGAAGAGAGGAGGACGAGACACGAGAGGAGAGUGUCUGUCUGUGGGUUGUUGUGUAAGCAUCUCGAGCAGGGUCAGAAGUCAUCUUAAUACACAUGGCCCUUCCCAGGAGCCAUUGGGGCCUGCUGUAUCAAUGACUACGUUUCCCAUGUGUCCCACGGUUACAACGAUAGCAACUAUUGUAACUGUUUUUAUUUUCUUUCUUUGUUCCUUUCCUCAGGUCAGCCCCAGGCUCGAUCCACCCACAUAGACCCCACCCAACCCUGCCUAACACAACCCACCAGCCAGCCACGCGACGGAGCCAAGCCCCACACACACGGCUCCAACUGCACGCACGCCCCUCACACCAACAGAGUGAGGAACGGAGGCACCUAUGAUCGGCCGGCCCCUGGCUCCCUCCCUAGGGCAGCCUCUUCCUCCUCCUCGUCUUCCUCGUCAGGGAUGAAGAACUCCAAGAAGCUCCAGUCCAACCCCUCCAUCACCUCUCAGAGGAGCAAGAGCUCCUCCAAGAGCAACAGCUCCCAGAUACCUACAGAGGUACAGGAUGGUGAGUUGCUACUUACUCCAGUCUAUCUCAGGGUAUCCUAUACUUCCUCCCUCCUCCUGUGUCUCCUCUCAUCUCCUAUUAUUCUCAAUCCCCUCUCCCGUCUGCCCCAUCCUCUCCUUCAUCUUCACUCAACCUUUCUGUCUUUCUCUUUCCGUAGCUCCCUCUUUUCCAAACAGUAUGCAUUCUCAACCAACUUAACAGGACAAAUAAAGAUGAAUAACUCCCCCGUCUCUCCUCCCCCUCAGACUGUUGUGUUCACUGUAUCCUGGCCUGUCUGUUCUGUGAGUUCCUGACUCUGUGUAACAUCGUGUUGGACUGUGCCACCUGCGGUUCGUGUGCGGGGGACGACUCUGCGUGUUUCUGCUGCUGCUGCGCCUCGGAGGAGUGUGGCGACUGUGAACUGCCAUGUGACAUGGACUGUGGGAUCAUAGACGCGUGCUGUGAGUCUGCAGACUGCCUGGAGAUCUGUAUGGAGUGCUGCGGCCUCUGUUUCUCCUCCUGA